UUCUUCAUGCCGGGACUGGUGGACACUCACAUCCACGCGUCCCAGUACAGCUACGCCGGGACAGCGCUGGACAUGCCGCUGCUGCAGUGGCUCAACACCUACACCUUCCCCGUGGAGUCCCGCUUCAAGGACCUGGAGUUCGCCCGACGCGUCUACUCUCACGUCGUGCAACGGACCCUGAGAAACGGAACAACCACUGCAUGUUACUUUGCUACCAUACACACAGACGCCUCUCUGCUGUUGGGCCAGAUUGCAAAUGACUUUGGUCAGCGAGCCUUGGUGGGGAAGGUGUGCAUGGACAGGAACAACUUCGUCAAACAUUACAAAGAGACCAAUCAGGAGUCUCAGGAGGAAACCUGUAGGUGGGUACCACCUGUUAUUAUACCGUAGGUAGACCUUCACCUCUCACCUGGAUGUGCAGGUUCUCUGCUCGGAGAACCUAUACAUAUAUUUAUUACAUUUAUACUGCUAACGUAUGGCACAUGUGUUUAUUUUCAGAGUCACAUCAGUGAAAACGUCGAGGAAGUUAAGCUGGUAAAGGAGCUGUUCCCGGACUCGGAGUCUUACACAGACGUCUAUCACAAAUACAACCUGCUCACUGACAAGACGGUGAUGGCCCAUGGGUGCUACCUCAGUGAUGAAGAGCUGGCUCUGUUCAGGGAGAAAGGAGCAUCUUUGUCUCACUGUCCCAAUUCCAACCUUUCGUUGUGCAGCGGCAUGUUGGACGUCCGCAACGUCCUAAAACACAAGGUGAAGUUGGGGCUGGGAACAGACGUGGCGGGCGGCUACUCGUCCUCCAUGCUGGACGCUGUGAGACGGACUCUGGACACGUCCAAAGUCCUGACGAUCCAGGACCCGGAACACGAAACCCUCUCGUUUGAGGAGGUUUUCAGACUGGCCACGCUGGGAGGAAGCCAAGCUUUGUCCCUGGAUGACCAGACGGGGAACUUUGAAGUGGGCAAAGACUUUGACGCCCUGAGGGUGAACGUGGCGGCUGCCGGCGGACCCAUCGACAUGGUCCAGUCCGAGGGACCGAAGGUUAUUCUGGAAAAGUUCUUGAAUUUGGGUGAUGACCGUAACAUAGCGGAGGUGUUUGUGGCGGGGAGGAAGGUGGUGCCAUUCUCUGUUAACGGUGCUGGGUCCUGACCCGACUCCACCCAUACCUCCACCUUUCCUGUUCCCCUCUCUCUUCCAACCCUCCACAUCCCAGCUAAACAUCUUCUCAUCCCUUCUUCUACUAAAUCACUCCUCUUGCACCAGGAAAGUCUGCUCGAAGAGGUUUUUAACUCCCAAGAUGCAUGGUACCAAACGUGCAGCAGAAGAAGAAUCAGCUGGAAACGUCCUGCUGUAAACACUAAAAAACAAACAAUAUAAAGUAUUUAUUAAAUCAAAGAAUAUAAAGUAAGUCAUACAUGUUGCAUGUGAGGUUAGUCGGUCAGGUUCACGUGGAUGUGUUGGGUUAACGUAGUGUGAGAUGUGAAGAAAAAGUAGACUUCUCUUUUAAUGUAGAAGUAGACAAAUAAGACCAAUAAUUAGGAAAUUAAUCAACAUGAGAGUGUUUUAUUGAGGUUCAGUCAGGGACACACAAGGCUGGUCAGCUGAGCUCCAACUCAGUCUGUUCUUCAAGUCUUUAAAGGGAAUUUAUAACA